AUGGAAGAGGAGAUUAAGGACAUAAGCUGGGAUAUAAUCGGUUUAUGUGAAACAAGAAGAAAAGAAGAACAACUUCUUAAAUUGAAGUCCGGACAUCUCUUUUAUCAAAAUGAAAAUCCCAACAGCCCUGACGGUGGUAUAGGAUUCUUAAUAAACAAACGACUUGAAAAAUCAAUAGUCACUCUAAAGACUAUAUCAGACAGAGUGGCAUAUAUAACACUUUCCAUAAGUAAAAGGUAUGAAAUUAAAAUUAUUCAAUUAUACGCUCCUACGACAGCCCACACAGAUGAGGAAGUUGACAUCUUCUAUGGUGACAUAGAAAUAGCACUUAAAGAGAAUCGAUGCUACUAUACUUUUAUUAUGGGGGACUUUAACGCCAAAAUUGGAAAACAAACAGAUAUGUCGGAGGUGGCAAUUGGAAGCUUUGGAAUAGAUGGUCGAAAUGAGAGAGGACAGACAUUGAUAGAUUUCCUGCACAAUCAAAAGUUAUAUGUAAUGAACAGCUUCUUUCAAAAGAAAUUGCAUAGACGAUGUACUUGGGUAAACCCAAAUGGAAGAACAAAAAAUGAAAUAGACUUUUUUAUCACGACGGGGAAAAGAUUUGUCACAGAUGUUACAGUUCUAAAUAAAUUCGGUAUAGGGAGUGAUCAUAGAGCUGUAAGAGCAACUGUAAGAAUAAACGCCAGAAAUUAA